UUGGACUCUUAUACUAUAUACAUAACCAUGGGUGACUCACAACAGAUGAUCCUUGAUCCUGCUAUUCGUGAUUGGGUACUUAUUCCUAUCAUGAUUGUCAUGGUAUUGGUAGGUGUACUUCGACAUCAUAUCACCAUGUUAUUAACUGGUACACCUAAGAAACCACUUCUCAAAGCUAUUCGUGAAUCAAAGGCUUUAUUACGAGGUAUGCGAUUACGUUCAUUUGGCAAUUAUAUACCACACCAUGCUUUCAAUAGUCGUAAACAAUAUCUCUCUCAAGCGUAUGAAAAAGGCACCUAUCUGAAGAAUCCUGAUGCCGCCAAAGACAACAAUAACAACAAUGCUAAUCCAUUAACAGCACCUAACCCUAUGACAGAUCCUGAAAUGAUGGAAGGUAUGAUGGAUGGUAUGAAGAAACAACUCGUUAAUAUGGUACCUCAAAUGUUAAUUAUGGGCUGGAUCAACUUUUUCUUUCAAGGUUUCAUCGUUAUCAAGCUUCCUUUUCCUUUGACCCCAAGAUUCAAGUCUAUGUUACAAAGUGGUGUGGAUACAAGAGAUAUGGAUGUAACCUGGGUCUCCUCUUUAUCUUGGUAUUUUUUAAAUUUAUUUGGUCUUGGCAGUGUGUUUGCAUUGAUUCUUGGUGAUAGUAAUGCUGCUGGUGUGGAUAUGGCGGCAAUGGGUAGUAUGCCUGGUAUGAUGCCCGGCAUGGGUGCUCAACCUGGUCAACCUCAAGAUUUCAAGAAAUUGUUUUUGGCAGAGAAGGAAAAUGUCUUGAUCACUCCUCAUGUUUGGGAUCUAGACGAUGUCGAAGAACGUCUGUUAACGAAAUAUGGAAAAUUCAGCCCAACAAAAUCAUCAUCUCCACCAGCAUCAAAAAGCAAGAAGGAACCAACCAUCAAAGAUAAAAUCAAGGCUGCUCAGAAAAUUAGUGGAAAACGUCGUUGAUAGGAAUCUUUUUUUUUUUUUUAUAGAAUAUUAUUGAUAUGAAAUAAAACCUUUAUUUUUCCAAAAGGAAGAAGAACGAAA